AUGAGAACCCUCGAUGAAGCCCAGACGCGAUGGGCCGAGACAUUGAAGAAUGCCGGGAAUUUCUCUGAGUUGCAAAAUGCAGUCAGGUACAAUGGGCCUUCGAGCCCAUGCAUCACGGGCUUCAGGUCGGCUUUCCUGCUCCUGCAAGACGUCGACCCCUCAGACUGGCUACGUCACGUCUCCGAGCUGCGCGGCUUUUACUCUCAGCGACGGGACCACUUUCUCAAGUUCAUCAAGCACCCAGAGGAGCUGACCAAGGUGGCUGUUGACCCGCUGACCGACGACCCAAAGUCGCCGUGGAACACUGUCCGCCAAGAUGAGAUCAUCAGGGCGGAAAUCGCGCAGGAUGUUCGUCGCCUGCCAGACGAACCCUUCUAUCACGAAGACCGAACGCAGACAUUGAUCAUCGAUGCGCUGUUUGUUUACUGCAAGCUGCACCCUAACAGCGGCGGCUACCGUCAGGGCAUGCACGAGCUUCUGGCGCCGAUAGCAUAUGUGAUGAACCAAGACGCGCUUGAUCGCGAAGCUAUCACAUCCAGCGGCCAGGAGGCUGAUGAAACGAUGCUUGGCAUGCUUGACUCGUCUUUUAUUGAACACGACACGUUUGCGUUGUUCUCCAAGAUCAUGGAGAAAGCCAAGUCGUUUUACGAAGUCAAAGAUUCCAUUUCAAAGGCGGCGUUGGCAUCCGCGUCCAAGGAUCGCGUGGAAUCAUCGGCCAUUGUCGAGAAGAGCAAGUAUAUCCAUGAGGUGUGCUUGGCAAAGGUUGACCCAGAGUUGGCCAACCACCUCAAAGAUAUUGAAAUUCUGCCGCAGAUCUUCUUGAUGUAA